GUGCAGAGUUUGUUUUCAGAAACUGCACUCACUCCUCCACAUUCCUGCUCCUGGACUGUGUUGUCUGCAGAUGGACAGACAGCGAGACAGAACUCUCCUUUGCUUUUAGUUAGUUUUAGCUAGCCGAGGUGAAGAAGUUCCCUGGACUGUGGCUUUUCCUUUUCUUUGGACCUGCUCAAACCUGCUCUGGACUGAACACCAAGAAGAGCACCGGCAGCUCGCACCUGUGGCCCAGCGGGCCGGGCCUGGGCCGUGGCAUUUCCAGCGCCAGAGGGACUGAUCAAAGACUGAGUGAGCCGAGCUGCAGCCCGGGCAGGGGGGGAUUUUUCUGAGUUUGUCUCUCUUUUAAAGCGGCAAGAAGUUUCGUUGGUUAAUAUUGUUUAGGUUUUCUUGUUUAAUAAACAGUUUUUUCCACUUUUCUCCAGGGAAGUAUUUUUCCCCAAACCAGUUGGGGGGAGGGGCCAAUUGAAUCUGCCUUCUAGAGGAACCCAUUUGGGGAUUCUCUCCCAAAUUUACCCUGAACCAGGACAACGGCCACACACAGCAACUGGAAUUUUGAAUUUAAUGUUGCAUCCAUCUGUACUUUUGUUAGUUUUGGCUAUAUUCUGCCUACUGUUUAUAAUCAUCCUGUAUAUCCUGUCAGAAGAUAAACCAAAUUAUAUCCAUCCAACAUGUAAACCACAUACAAUGAACUCAGUGCAUGAAAUGUUCCAUAAUUGCAGUAUUUCUGAACCAUAAAUGAGAAAACCUAUCCAUUAACUGUACCCUUGCCUCUAAUCCGCAAUACACCACAUAUUUAUGACAAACACACAAGAGAUAACUGUAUUACCACUCGAGGAGUUGGUAAUUUGUAUUAAAUGGAGCCACAGGGUAAAGGGACUCAAAGCUGGGGACAGGAUAUGAGGUGUGGCCUCCCCAGAGUCCAGCACAGAGGGACAGUCACAGCCCGGUCGUACUGCCCACACAAUUGCUGACACAGAAUACCAGGAUGCCCCUGGCAUAUUCCUGACCAGAAUCCCGCCGUCCCUUGUCCCUCCCUUGUUAUUAAUCUUUUUUAAAAAACAGACAUUGAUAAUCUUUCACAGUAGCCUUCAGAGUAAUUUCAAAUGGAGCUUUUGCCUUCCUGAUGGUCUUUCUUGAGGAGGUCAGGGCUGAGGGCUGGGACCCAGGGUGGGCUGGGUGGGAAAAGCACUUUGGCACUUUGGCACAGGGAUUCCUUGGGGAUGUUUAGGGGAGGAACAAAGGUGGGACAAGAGGCCUCUGGGAGAAAGGGCAGCCAUGCCCACCAGGCCUUUGUGACCCGCGGUGACAUGGUGCCCAGAGGCCAUUGUGACACCGGUGCAUGUCAUGACCCUUGGGGCUGCCAAUCCCUGCAGGGGCCACUCCCACGAGAGCAGCUCUCUGAGGAGGCAGCAGCUUCUCUGGAGGCAGCAGCUCCCCUGGGUGAUUGUGGCCAGUGUUCACCAGAGCACUGCCACAAUGCUGAAGGAGGAGGAGGAGGAGAAUGCCCACGGCCAGCCCCGUGAGGGGUGGCCACUCAGGUCCAAGCAGCAAAAGGUGACCCACAGGCAGCCACAGGCGGCACCUCAGGUCACCUGGAGGAACAACACGCCACACAGCAGUGUCACACGGCCACAGAGACUGUCCGUGUCGGACCUGCCGCCUCUCCACGGCCCUCAGUUGCCGCUGGUACCUCCCUGCCAGCUCAGCCCUGAAAUGCAAAGAGCAGCCUCUGCAAGGGUCAAGCUGCCCCAUCUGCCAGCUGCAGCACCAGGAGCAGCCCCUGGGUUUUCUCCCGGAGGCACAGCACGUGCUGUGGGCCCCGUGGCCAGAGGCCAGCCAGAGAUGGUACCACCUUCACCACGGGGCACUCUGGCUGCUGGUGGAGCCUGGGAAAUGCCUUCCCUGGCAAGGAGAACAGAAGGGCUCUGGCAUGGCUCAGCAGCAAGGCAGGGCCAUCACCUGCCACCCGUGCCACCCGCACACAGCCUGCAGAUCCGCACUGGGACCCAGCCGGCUUGGAAGCACCUGGGGCACUCUGAGAUAGAGGAAUUCAUCAAGGUGAAGGAAGGGCAUGGGGGCAACACCUGCAGUGACCUGUUUAGAGACCUGGGCCCAUACCUGCGUGAGAACAGGUCUGUCAAGUCCACCUUGAGUACCCCCAAGUGGUUAAGUGCCCGCCAAGAGGCAGAGGGAAUUCGUCGGCCAGCCCAGCAAACUGCACGGCACAAGCGGCUGUUCCCAGAGGAAGAGGAGGCUUUGAUGCAGCGUCUGCGGAAAAAGAGGGAGGAGCUGGAGGAGCUGGAAGACAAAGUCCAUGAAGAGAUGUUUAGAGCCAUCUUCUCCUCCUUGGACGACGCAGAAAGCCCCAUGAGGUCCAAGUGCAUCCUCAAGGAUGCAUCAAGCCUCACCCUGGAGCCAGCUGCAGGCCCCUGGGUCCCGCACAGCACUUGCAGUGUGAUCGCUGAUGCUGCAGGAGAGACACAAACGUCCUCAGAACUUGUGUCUCUUGACCAGUUGCUGGCUGAGCUGUGCCCUGUCUGGGACAACUCGCAGUCAUGCAAUGCCCUCAAGGACUCCACGGGAGAGACAGAAAAGAACGCAGGGAUUGCACAUCCUGACCUGCUGGCAGGCCUGUGCCCUGUCUCUGGUGACUCGCCAUCCUGCGCCGUUCUAGAUGAGCUCCUGGAAAUGUGGGAGGAAGAAGAGCUCCAAGACAGAGCAGUGGCAGGAGAGAGUGACAGUGAGGCAGAGAGCCCGUUGCCUCUCCUGCUGCAAGAGGAGGAAGCAGAACCACCAGCUUCUCCCAUGGACAGCAAUCCCUGCAUCGAGCUGCACAGCAAGCUCCUCCCCACGGCCUCACUCGAAGACCCAAAAAUGUCUGUGGGUUGUGCCUUGCCUGCUGACCCUGCGGACGAGGCCGAAGAAGCUGGCAAGGAGGCUGGCCAUGCCCAGGCCGCCCCUCCCCAGGAAAAGCUCUGCAGGGAUGAGGCGCUGGCAGGAGCUGGCCUGGUGCCUGCCCAGCCCCUGGCACGCUGCGUUCCUGCCUGCCCCGCUGGCAGCGCAGCCGUCCCGCAGCCCCCAGCCCCACGGCGAUGGCGCUCCACGGCCAAGACGGCCCGGCGGGCUCUGCGCCGCCUUUUCUCCUUCAGCUGCCUCAGGGGGCAGCCGGAGGAGUGAGCCCGGGGCCAGCACCAGGACGAUGCCCAAAGACGCCGGCUCACCCUAAGGAUGCCCAGCUCCCAGGGGCAGCGGCAGCUCCCAGAGCUAACGGCAGCAGGGAGAGAAAAACCCUGGGUACACACUGAUGAAUGGGUGGGUGGCACCCAAGGCAGGGUGACAAGGACCAACGUGACACUGCUGGAGACAAGCGUCUGGACCUGUCCUUUGUUUGACCACUUCCCCACCGCACCGCAACUUCGCUUUUCCCCCUCUUUCCUUCUCACUCUCCUGUUUCCAGUCCAUUUCAAUCUCCCUACCCCACAUUUAUUGUUAAAUAAAAUCCCAGUUGUAGACUUUUGUA